CCCACACAAGACACAUUCUGAGCUCAAUUUUCUCCCUCUCCUCUGCACAACCUCAGAAAUGCUCAGCACAGGCUGGAUUCAACACACUACACGAGGAACUAAACAUGCUGCCGUGGGACCUCAAAAAGAGCACAUCUCAGUGAUGGCUUCUCCUGUGCAGCUGUUCAUGAUCUUGCCUCAUCUGGACUAGGACUGAAAUUCAUUGACACACACACACACACACACACACACACACACAUACCACCACCACCACCAAAAGCAACAACACACUGCUUAGCCAUGUACAGUGUGGAAGACCUUCUCAUCUCUCAUGGAUACAAAGUCCCACAAAGGAACAGCAACAAUGUCCCUGUGUCACACUCUUCCCCCCACCCCGCAACCUAUGAGAAAUGUCUGCCGACACGAAGCGACAGCCGGUGUGAAAUCGGUGAGAAUCAGAAAGGACACAGCGGCGUGAAUGGCUAUGAGGGAGACCGUGUUUACAGCGGUGGUGGCGGAGGAGGUAUCAGACAGACUUCUGCCAGGGGAUUCCCCUGUGACACCGAGAAUAGGGUUAGGAAGCAGAGAACACAAGAUGUGGACAACGGUAACCUAGGAGAUGGACGUUUGCCAGAAGACAGCCUGACAACAGACAGUUGGUUUUAUGAUAGUAACAGAGGAAUACACUCUCAGCCUAGAUCUGAGCAUGAUGUGUCCUACUGGCGAAGAAGAGGUCAGGACUUCAGUGUGCUUCUGGAUUAUGCUGACUUCAGGGACCCACGUGGAAGUGCAGGAGGGCUUCCCAACAAGCCAGAGGGCAUGCAACGGAGACCAGAAUCUGCCUUGAGUACAGAGGAACAUAACCGUGAGAGACAGCGCAGGGCUGAGAGUGCACGUGCCAGGGAGAGAGAGAUGGCUCUGCACCAGUGGAGAAUUGCAGCUGAGAGGAAGUACCAGAGUUUGGGAACAGAGGAGUGGCAUCCUGUGACCAGUAUGAGCCGUCAGCCAUCUGAAAAUGAAGUGGCACAGGAGCAACGCAGGCCGCGAACUGCAGAAGGUGCUGUUCCACCUAGAUCAAAAACCAAGUCCCAGUCACUGCCCAGAAUGGCUCUGCAAUCAGAAAGCCUCCAGUACUUCAACAUACCAAAUGCUGUGCAAGAUUCUUAUGGAAGCUAUAGGUUGAACGGCUACCAUAUGCGAGACUCUCAUGGAAGGCAUCUUGAUGGAGAGAGCAGGUUGACUGACCGAUCGGGUGCACAGUCUGCUCCACCAUCAAAACCCAGAUUCAGUCGACCACUCAGACCACCAUCUUAUGAAGCGCAUCAGCAGAUGCGUGGGAGCGUAGAGAUGCUCACGGGGGAACUUGCCCCUCGUGCUAGAGACAGGACUCCACUGCCCUUUUCAAGGCAAGAAUAUUUUGUGCAAGAACUUGGAGGCUCUGGUGCAGAGCCUCCUGGGUAUAACCCUCCCCCUUCCUACAGGAGGCAGCCUUUAGUUAAGGGAGGGCACAGAACUUAUCCCAUUUCAAUGGGUAACCACCAGUAUAGAUGCGACCCAUAUUUUCAGGGUUCUGCCAUGACAGAGGUGCAAGAAUGGUUUAUUAGGCAGACAGGGAUGGCUUGGCCAGACCAUUACAGAGAUGGAAGAAGAAGUAUGCCCUGCAGGAGACAGGCAUAUCCAGGCUACAGCGAAGAAAGAAUGGGUAAUGUUCAGUACAUUCCCUUUGACGACCCCCGCGUCAGGCACAUUUCAGGAGCUGAAAUGGAUGGGAACACGCUGACUGAUGCUGACAAAAUCCGAAACAUCAGAAAUGAGAUUCCGGUCAGCCUCAUAUCUGAGAAGUCCAAUGACAGUGCCUUUCCUCUGACAGAGAAAACAUUUGACCGCACUGAACCAAGUAAAAGCAAUAUUAGCGACUCUAUUAAUGAGGACAGUAUGCACAAGGAAGUACUGAAGGAGACAGAAAGUUCCCACACAACAUCUGACCAAAACUGCAAUAGGCACCCGACUGACCACAGUAAUACAAUUGCUCUUCAGAUGACAAAACAACAGAAUUCCAAUUCAAACCAGGGUUUCAUUGAGAUGGUAACACAUGUGAAGAAAUUUGAGGCAAAAACUUUGGCUGAGAAUAAGAAAAACUCUAAGAAGAAACUCAAAGAGACAAUGUUUUGCCUGGUUUCUGUCCCUAUUAAUAUGCAAGCAAACAAAGUUGUCUCUGACCCAAAUAACAAUGAAAAAGUAGCUUCUCCAAUGGUGAUAUCUGUAGAAAAUCCAGUGAUACAGUCUGAAAACCAAAGCCUUUCUAAACCCCUAGUAAGCAAGGAGACACAAAUACAGUCCAGCAGCUCCUUAUCCAAUAGAAGCUCCCCUUUGAAGACAGAGAUUGUAGAUGCUAAAUCACUGAAUGCAAGCCAAGACAAUGAAAUGUUCUAUGUAGGAUCCUGGUCUGGAGAUCAAUACAGGAACCAGGAAACACAGACAGGCUCUCAAGAUGUCUUCAGAAACACCCAUCCUCAGAGAGCCCUUAUGCAGACAACAAGUGACAAUCCCUUCCCUCACAAAACCACAGAUAAUGAAGAUGAAACUGACUGCAGUGCCAACUACGGAUAUCCCAUGAUCGGUCAAAAGGAUCUCAACCCUUCCAGCAACAGUGCAUUCUCCAGAACUUGCAGCAAUUUAAGUAUAAUGAGCCCCACUCUAGCCCAGUCAGCCUCAACCCCACCAUCUCCAGACUGUCAGCCUUUGCCUAGAAGGACUGCAUCAAAACAGCAAACAGAUGGCCAAGAAGUUUUUGGACAGUUCUUAUUAAAGCCAGUGAACAGACGCAAAUGGGAUGCCAUUGGGGAGCUUGAGUCUUUCAAUAAGGAGAUUCAGGAUCAGACAGGCAAAUGUCCAAAAGUUGAUCAGAACAUGGAGGACCUGGAUGAUGCAAUGAACAAUAUUCUAGAACUGAGCAACACUAGCAAAGAGGUUAAAAACAGAAGACAGGAAACUGCAUCACUUCACUUGAAAAAGGAAACUGACAAGCAGUCAAAUAUAGUGCAUGUCACAGAGAUGCAUCUGAGACAAAAUAAUUUAAAUGUAAUCACAGAUUCAGGAAACAGAGGCAGAGUAAGGGAACAUCCAGAAUACAAAGAAAUAAAAAAUUCCCAGGCAAAGUUAAACAUGGACACCCAAACACAAGAGACACCUGUGGCCAAACCCAACAAUUAUUUAAACUUUGAGGUUCUGCAAAGGAGGUACACCGAUCCAGGGACAUAUAGGCAGGAUAUCCCAGUGCCAAAGGAGUGCUUGCUUAGGGAUGUUGGUUUAACAGUGUAUACUGCCAUUCCAGACACUGUGACCUCUGGAUCACCCACAUGCUUAAGUCCAGAGUCCCCUAUGUUAACCAGCCCUUCGGAUAAUUCAGAGAUGUGUGACACCUUACAGAUUACAUUAUCAGACAGUAGUGGAGAUAUGAGCAGGCACAGCCCUGAGUUUGCUGAAGGUACUCAAAGCUUGACCAACAAUAAUUCCUUCAAUUCCAAAGCCCUCAAUGAGAAGGAAUCAGGGAGCGAAAGCACCUCACAUAUCCAUGUGAUCAAGAGUCCUCAUUGUAGUUUUAAAGCAAAUUAUGAGGAUGAUGAUGACAAUUUUUAUUCAGAUUAUCUGACAUGGAGUAAUGAGAAGACAUUGGCAGAUGAACACCUAGAGACUCUUUUGAGUCAAGAGAAGGCCAACAGCAUGCUGACAGAAGACCUUAGUAACCUAUACCAAGUCCAGUGUGCCAAAGGCAUCCCUGAGAAUGAAUCCAUUGAACAAAGGGCUGCCAGGAUACUUGGCAUUGCUGUACCAGUUGAAGCUUUGGUUGUUGAUCAGUGUGAUGGUAAAGAGGAUGGUAAAGAAAGAAAUUCGGAAACCACAGAUGGUUCAUCCUUUGUGAUGCAAACCAAAGAGAUGAGCUCAAACAAGGAGACACAGAAUGUCAGUAGAGAGCCUGAGGAAGUGCCAGAUGUAUAUAUGGAAAGUUAUGGAGAUGUGACAGAACAGACAGAGAUAAGCAUUGAGGAGGAUCCAGAGUCUAGAGAAGAUUUACCUAGUGCAGAGAAACACAGUCACAGAGUCUCGUCUGUAUUGGAGCUCCCAGAGUUUCCUCCAAGUAACUUGUGUUUGUCGCUUCCACUGGCAGAGGAUGAGGAAUUGGCCUUAAGUGUUGCUGGGGGAGACAGGAAGGAGAGAGUCAUUGCUGAGAUAACAGAAGCACCACUGGACAAGUUCCAGGCAUAUUCCCCAUCUCCUCUGCCCCCUUCACCCACAAAUGAUCAAGCAUUUCUGGAGUACAGUGCCUAUACAAAGGAAGAAAACUCUCAGUCAUUAGUGAGAACUGUGACCAGGAUCACCUUGGCCAAAGAGACAGAGGAAAAAUGGUGCUCAGAAGAAGAGCGAGAAGAAGAACUGUCAGAAUCAGCUCAAGAGAACAAAAUAUUGGAGGAAAAGGACCAAUACAUUGAGAAUGUGGUGGAAGAAAAAGAGAAAAAUGACAUAACCAGUUAUACACAACAUGAAGAUGAAGUAAAGGUUCAGGAGGAAGAGAAUGUGUCAGCAGAUGAGCUAAUACAAGAGCAAUCAAGACAGCCAUUGAAGUCUAUGGCUCGUCCAAUCCCACAGCCCCGCAGUGGCAAAGUAGCAAAGAGAGAGAUCACUCUGCCGCAAGGAUUCAUGGAUAAUACAAUGUCUACAAUCGAGGAUGAUGAUAAUCUGUCUAUGUCAGAUGCAUAUGACCCCAGUCGUGUGGAGAGAGUAUGAAUUUAGACACUGUAAGAGCAAACCCUGUAACCUUACUGGAAAACUCAUCUUAAACAUAACUGGAGAUGACAUAGACUACAGUCACAGAAGUUCAUAAGCAGGUGGAUGGACUUCAUGCCACUCAUUAAGACAAAUUUUAACUUUUAUGAGCUGUUCAUGACUGGAAAAGCGAACUUAUCUAUCAAUUGGAUAUGAAUGUAUAAUGUAUAUCACGUAAAUGUCACAAAUAGCUUCAAAUCAAUCUAUGAUUCACAAAUUUUCUAAAGUUAUUCUGCACCAGCAAAUGAUGGAGUUCUGUUGAACUUUCACAGAACACAGUAUCAUUGUGCCAUUAAGCAGCAAUGACAAGAAAGACAUUAAAGCACUUCUCAUUUUCUGCAGUAUUACCAAUGAGAGAAAGAAGAGAGGCCUUGAUGUAUCAAAGCAAUGAACUGGACUGAUGAGGUAGCAGCUGGAUCAGUUACAUAAUACUGUGCUUUAAAUCACAGAGCUAACUAUUUUUUGAAGAAACAUUAGAAAGAAAGUGUGCAUUAUACAGUAUGUUUUACAGUUGGGAGAAUCCAUUUAUGUCAAAUGUGUUAAAGCUGCAAUAUAACAUAAUUAUAUAUAGAUGUAUAUACUGUGUGUAUAUACAUAUAAUUAUUAUUAUUAUUUUUUUAAAGAAAAUUAUGGCAUAGGCAACUUUUACACAGUACUCAUUUUACCCAAAGUAGGCAGCUAGGAAGAAAGCUGAACAGAGACAAAGAUUAAAGGAUAUUUUGUGUGAAAUAUUGGUUUCCUGCUAAUUUAAUCUUAACUGCAGUGACUUCAUUAGUCAUUUUCAGUAGUUACUUCUCAAAGAGUUUUCGUAUCUCAUAUUCAGUUUGAGCUUUUUGGAGUAGAAAUCUGAGAAUGCAUUAUCUCACCACAAAAUGCAAUCAAAAAAGAAAAAAAUAUAUAUUUAUUUUUAUCAAGCUAUCAACAAACUGUACAUAUAAAAAUAUAUUCAAAGAAGUAUUUUCUAUUUUACCUUGUGAAUUUGUUUGCUUGCUUACAAUCAUUAGGAAUAUAACAUAUCUGAAAAUGUUUAAUGUGUCUAAUAUCCUGUAUAACUCUCGCAAUGAAUGAGUCUUUUAUUGUGGGGUGCGGUGUGCCUUUUGUUGCACAAAUGUCAAAAAAUAUUAUGUUUUGUGUUUAUGCAUUUUAUUUCAUAUAAUGUAUGAAGCAAUCUACGUUAUUCUUAAAAAGUCCAUCUCAGUUCCGAAAGCUCACUAAUAUAGAGAGUAUACUUUUGUUAUUGUUUGGUUUCUUUUUAUACAAAAUUGAGAUGGACAACAGUUCCUCUGAUGAUAUUUCCAUCACGUUGUUUUCUAACUGCAGUCCAAAGUGGACAGAAAAUAAAUCUAAGUAAACAUUAAGUAACUAGCACAUCCAAAGACUGGAAAUAGUGGGCUCGACCAAAAAGUUCAUAAAAGUCAUUGCUUCUAUUUGGUCAGAACAUGAUUAUUAUUUUUACUAUGGAUGAACAGUAUAAAUGCCAUAAUGUUGCUGUAGUAUGUUAAUAUUGCCAUUUGCCAUAGGCGUAAAACAUUUUUUUAAUUCAUACAUAGAUACAGGCCAUAAAUAAUUUGCAUUAUUUAUAUAUAUACAUAUAUUUAUAUAUAUAUAUAUAUAUAUAUAUAUAUAUAUAUAUAUAUAUAUAUAUAUAUAUAAUAGUAAUAACAAGACAUGCAUUCAUCACAUUUUUUGUAAGUUGGCAUAAAAUUAUUGCUGUAAUUAGUUCUUGAUUGUUUCUACCAUUUUGUACAUUUUUUUUUUUGUUUUUUUUUUCAAAACAGAUGAUUAAAUUGUUGCAUAUAACGUAUAUGGCAUGUAAUAUCUUUUUCUAUUUUCAUACAGAAACUGUAUAUGAUUAUUUUGUAUGGGUUGGAAUUGAUUUGGCUUUUCUGCAUGAGAUGUAAACUGAGGUCAGGAAAAAGGUUUUGCAUACAACUGCAUUUGGUACUACAUUAAAAAUAUAUUCAUUAUAUAACUUUGUGCACAUUUUUAUCCAGCUAAAGCUUUGAAAAAUAUUUAAAAUCAAAACAAGCUAUUUUUAGAGUAUUUUACAGAAAGAGAAGUGUUUACUGUGCACCACAGUACUUGUGUCUUUGAAGUAUUGGGUGAAUGUGAACGAAUUGUUUAGAAGGAAAUUCCUUUGUACAUUAUAGCUGAUUGCUCAAUAAUAAACUCCUUGCAUGGAC